UCGUGCCUCGCCAGGCCAGCCCAGCGGCGGUCAAGACACCCGUGUGCAGAGCUCGACACAGUCAAGAUGCGUAUCGAGCCCUGUUACUUUUGCGGGCGUCCUGCCUACCCGUCCAAGGGCAUCACCUUUGUGCGAAACGACGCCAAGUCGUUUCGCUUCUGCCGAUCAAAAUGCCACCGUAACUUCAAGAUGAAGCGCAACCCGCGCAAGCUCAAGUGGACCAAGGCGUACCGCCGCAACGCGGGCAAGGAGAUGACGGUCGACAGCACGCUGCUCUUCGGGGCGCGGCGCAACGAGCCGGUCCGCUACGACCGCGACCUCGUGCAGAAGACGCUGGCCGCCAUGGAGCGCGUCAGCGAGAUCCGCGCCCGCCGCGAGCGCGUCUUCUACAAGAAGCGCAUGGCCGGCAAGCGCGAGCGCGAGCUGGCCACGGCCCGCAAGCUCGUCGCCGAGAACGAGCACCUGCUGCCGCGCCUGCGGGCCAGCGAGCGCAAGCGCCUCGAGGAGGUGGCCGCCGAGGAGGGCCGCGACGUCGAGGAGCUGGUCGAGGAGUCCAUGGCCGCCAUGGCCUCCAAGACGAAGGUCUUUGGCGCCGAGAAGAAGAGGCUGCGGGUGCGGGACGACGGAGGCGUCGAGGAAGAGGACGACAUGGACAUGGACUAGAUGGGCAGAGGGUCGCGCUCUGCGAUGGAGUUGCUGGUGGAUUCCUCGACUCAGGGAAGGGAGAAGAGGAGGACGGAAACGUGCUUCGCAUACCCACGCCGCGAGCAUGCAGGAGCAUGGGCCGACUUUGCUACAUAGCGUUCUGGGAUCUUUCUAGAUGAUAAUGGAG